AUCAGUUUUCCUAAACAGCUUCCCUUGGUUGUAGUCAUCAUGCAAAAGGGAACUUGAGAAGACAAGAGCUGCUCAUUUAAUUGGUAAAUGAGCGUCAGGCUGGGAAAAACAGGAGGCCUCAGACUGACCAAACUAAGACGGACAGAUCUUUUAUGAUGGCCUUGGUUUGGUGACAAGCAAGAGGUAGUAAGAUAGGGUAGGAAAAAAUAUUGCGGUCCUGUGGUGAAUGCUACUUGUCCUUCUGCUUUGUUUUACUUCAGAGAACUUUUGUUUGAGAAUCCUUUGGAAGCCUUACCUCAGUGCACACCUUAUCCCUCUGCAAUUGUUCAGGUUUUGAAUACCAGCAGCCAAGUAGCCACAGUGUUUAAAGUGCCAUCUACUUACAUUAGGUAGAGUUUCCAACUUACUGGUUGUGCUCUCGUUCAAGUUUGUUGUCUAUGUUUUGAGCAACUACUGUAAACCACCCAAAUAGUUUAGGUUUGUGGUCAAAAAAGCCUGAUUCUAAGCUCUCAAGCUUCAGCUCUAAAAACGCCCCAAAGAACCAGGUUCAGCAUGGUCUGAUUCCUAGGGGAUGUGUAUUUGGUUUCUAGGGAAUUAAAUAAAGCCCUCAUGUGCUACUCACUUGUUCUUCUUGUGAAAGAUGCGAGAACACCAGCCAGAAAGAGUUGUCCAUUACUGUCUGGUAUUUGUAAUAAAAUUCUUCUCUGUAUGUUGUCUCGUGAAAUUACUUGUGAAAUUAACGUCAACUAGGAAAAUAACAACUGCGGAGUUGCCUGCUCCAGAUGCAGCAAGCUUUUUGACAGCUGAUAAAGCACGUCUUCUGCCCCUGAUGUGCGCUGUGGCCACGCAGACCCCCGAGUUCCCCCUGCCCACCGCCGAGGCCCAGUGGCCACCUUCAGCAGUUCCACUGGUGGAAACAGCCCUCGGGCUGCCUCUUGUUCCUGCCAGGCAUGACGCAUCUCUGCCUACUUGCGAGACAAAUUCUUUCAGUAAAAUCUCAAGCUGUCAGACUAAGUCAUCUGUAAGUCAUACAAGCUUCUGUGCUAGAAAAGUUCUGCUGGAAACUCCUGCGGGAAACCUGCCGAAGUUAGGACCCGCUCCUCUUCCUGUUCUUUCUCCUUCCAAGCAGAGAUCAAAAAUUAAGAGCAUGGCUGCUGCUGCUGUGUCUGCUGCCAUUGCUGUCCGGGCCAGACUCUCCGAACCUAGCGUCUACCGCUCUCUCUUGGAUGCCCUGCUCAUCACGCCUGUCACUAAGCCGCCUCUGCAGGCCUUCGAGCCCUCCAGGAAGUCCACAAGCGCUCUGGAGUUGCAGCAGAGCAAGAGUGAUUCCCUGGAGGCUACCCAUCCUGCUGGUUUUACAGCCACCUCAGCGAGGAGCAUGCCCGCCUGCCAAGAAAAAGCCGAGGUGAGACCCGCUCCCACCAGCACCACAUCUGCUGCGGCCCUCAAGCCAACGGGACCCCCAGGUGCUACCAAGUACUCCGGCUGGCAGCCCCCAAACCAAGCAGCUCCUGCCGGUGGAUGGACAUCGAACAGUAUUAAACCACCUGGAACAACUGCCCCAAGUGAAAAGUCUGCGACAGCACCUCAGCUAAAUGAGCAAGACACGUUGGUUCAGAGGGCAGAGCAUAUUCCUGCAGGAAAGCGUACUCCCAUGUGCGCGCAUUGCAAUCAAGUCAUUAGAGGACCCUUUUUGGUGGCUUUGGGGAAGUCAUGGCAUCCGGAGGAGUUUAAUUGUGCUCAUUGCAAAACCUCCAUGGCUUACAUUGGAUUUGUGGAAGAGAAGGGGGCCCUGUACUGUGAGGUCUGCUAUGAGAAGUUCUUCGCCCCCGAGUGUUCGAAGUGCCAAAGGAAGAUACUAGGGGAAGUAAUAAAUGCUUUGAAACAAACUUGGCACGUUUCCUGCUUUGUGUGUGUGGCCUGUCAUAACCCCAUCCGCAAUAAUAUCUUCCACUUAGAAGACGGCGAUCCCUACUGUGAGACGGAUUACUAUGCCCUCUUCGGUACUAUGUGCCAUGGCUGUGAAUUCCCCAUCGAAGCUGGAGACAGGUUUCUUGAAGCCCUGGGCCACACUUGGCAUGACACUUGCUUUGUAUGCUCGGUAUGUAGUGACAGUUUGGAGGGUCAGACUUUCUUCUCCAAGAAGGACAAGCCACUCUGCAAGAAACACGCUCACUCUAUCAAUAUCUGAUACUUGGAGCUCAUCUUGUGUAACAAAUGUACUGAGCAGAAAGAGAAGUUAAAAUGUCCAUGUCCAAUAAUUGAUUAAAAUUAUUUAUAUGUGUUUUUCUAAAAAACGGAAGAAAAAUGUGGAAACUUGGGGGUGUUGUACACUAAUUUUUGGAGCAUUUAUCAGUUAGGGUUUUGCUUUAUGAAAAAAUAGGAAAAGGGAAUUGCACCAAAGACAAACAAUUAGGGUGCCUUUACCUUUAUACUUGGCACAUUAUUGUAUUGGUUUCAUGAUUUUAUGGCCACAUUUAUAUCUGCUUCAGUAUGAGAAGAGAAAAUUCUAUAAAAAUAAAUACCUGAUAUUAGAAGUCUUGGUUUUGCUGCUAUUCAACAAAUAAAAGGAGAUUGGCUUCAAUGAUCCAGAUCACUUUAUUGCGCUGAUGUUUUUCAAAGUGUGUCUAGAAGUAUUGCAGCUAAACUCCAUUAAAAGGAACUCAAAGCAAAGAUAAAAUUUCAUGGAAUAUAUAGUUCAACAAUUGCUAUUUUCAUCUGAUACUCAUGUCCAUGAGGCCUCCUGCACAAUUACACAUACUUGUGUCUUUGCAGUCAAAUUUCUGAUGAGUCUGCAAAGGAUAGAGAUUUUUACAAAGCAGUUAAUUGGAGGGGUGGCUGUGCUGGUGAGUAAGAAUAGUUUAGAAGACGCCACUUAAAAGAAAACAUAAAUGGAAUACUCUUCCUUAACUCGUGUACUACCAGAACACUAGCCCAAAAAAACCUGCUAGUGAAGGUGUGUUUGACAGGAUGGAAAUGUCAGAUCAGGUCUUAAAAAUAAGGGAGGGGGAGGUUAUACUCUUACAUUUGCAGUUCAGGUUUUCAGAUGGAUUUAAGUGCCUUUGAAAGGGGAAAUUGCACCGAAUCUGCAGGUAACAGUGUUUUAUAUCCAGAAGGUGAAACUCUGGUGUUGAAUGAGGGAAACUGCUGAAGUGCAGCUGAGGACAUUGUUUUUCUCUCAGUACAUUCUUUACCAUGUAGCUCAUGAAUAUGUAUAUUGGUGGUGUGCCAGGUAGUGUACCGAAAACUUAUUUUCUUGCUCAGCUGUUAUGAUUUUUAUUAGUUGAGGUUUUAUUUCUCUCUUUUCUUCCAGAUGUCAGGAAUAUAUUGUUGAAUAAUAUAAUAUUGAGUUAGGCGGCUCGGUAUCUCUCAGUUCCUGCAAGGGAGCAGAGAGACAGCGUUGUCGUUAUGCAUUUGCCACAAGCCAGGAGACGGAGCCACUUCUGUGGCUUGAUAUGAGUUUUGCCUCCAUACAGAGAGUCAGCACAAGAUCUGUGCACCAGCUAAGUCCUACUCAACUUCAAAUUCGGGCUUAAGUGGUAUGGAGCAAUUGUACAGACAGGGAGGAGGUGGUGACUCUCUGCACGGGGUGAACUUCGCUUCAGCAGAGUUGCACAACAAAGAAGGGGACCUUCUCGGGGCCGGAUCGGAUUCCUGAAGGAAACUGAAUUUACAUGCUAUUUAAUUCAACUGGGAUGUCAGAGCUGAAUCGUUAGUCUUUAGUGCUCUUUCCAGUAGACAUUAGAAGUAACCAUUUACUGGUUUUGUUGUGGUGCGUUUUUUGUUGGGUUUUGGUUUUUUUUUUUCCAAUGAUACAAAGGACGGGUUUAUCCAUGGAAACCAUGGGGAAAAUCACAAGAAAUUGCCAUGGUUGACUAAAGCAAUUGUAACAAGGAACAUCAACAAAAGAGGGGGAAAGAAAUUUCCCUAUUGAAAUAUGAAGGUAUUUGGCUUUCUUAUCAAUUCAGUGAGACAGGUUCAAGUUGUGGGGCUGUUUCACUUUAUUUCCUGGAGUUGUUUUUCUUCAAUACUACCACGUUUCUUUCUUAACUUCUGGUGGUACGGAAGAAAUGGCAUAAAGCUGUUUAAAGUGUUUACAGUCUUGUAGAUGGACCCUUUUGUGAGUUUGGCUGAAAAUCAAAAGAGUAGAAGGAGACUGGACAAGACAGCAAGAUAUGAGCCAGGUUGCUUUAGAAAUGAGGUGGAAUGUGGAGAAUUGAGACCUUGAGACUAGGUUUCAGUGGAGCUAUAUUGCACAUGCGUGAGGAAAGAGAAUGGGAAAGCACAGGAUAAGGUAUUUGGUAAUUUCUGCAAUUGAAAGUUUGCUAUUUUAAAGUAGGAUAGAAACCUUUCAGUUUGUCAGUGUCCUUAAAAACAAAUUUUUUUUUUGUUUUUUAAUUUUAAUUGGAAUUAUAUUUCUUAAUCCAUAUGCUCUAGGGUUUGAAAUUUUGCAGUUGUUAAUGAAUUUGAGGACAGAAGCCUGGAAGGCUCCAAUAGUACUGCUUUAUUUAGCUGCUUGGGCUUUUAAUUUCUGCUUUUAUCUAUUUGUUUAAAAUUUAAAAGGAAGCAUAGAGUCACUGAUACAUAAUGAAUAUUUAAUGGCUCUACCAAAUUAUAUAAAUCAACUAAAAGGAACAUAAUUUUUAUCGUUAUUUUAAUAAGUGAGAUUUUAGUAGAGCACUUUAUAAUAAUGCCAUAUAUCUCACUGAAUAUUUAUUACCUUUUUUUGUUUAGGACUAUUUCAUACUGAUACCUUUGUAUUUUGUUGUAUUGUAAGCCUGCAUAUUUACCUCUAGAUUCCUUUGGGGUGUGAGUGUGUAUAUGUGUAUGUGUUCAUAUAUACUUCUCUAUACAUGCACACAUAUAUGUGUACAUUGAGACAGACCUAUAUAUGCACAUAUACAUAUGUAUAUUUGACUGCAGACUUGACAUAGCAAAAAUCAGCACUGUUGCCAUCAUCAUUUGGGGAUUUCAUGAGAUUCCCAACUACUUUUCAUAUAACAUGUGUAUAGCAUUCAUGAUUUGAGGGAAUGUUAGAAAGUCAGGAGAAUCCUGUUAGUAACCUAACUACUGUAGUUUUUUGCAUGCAUUUUCAGUCAGUAAUUAUUUUUCUUCCAAAAUUGCCUGUAAGAGAAUCAGGUUUAAUUCUGUUUGAAGGUAGAAGGUCUUUAUAAGUGGAUAAUUGAUUUGUGAUGACAGUUUCAGUAUAUUGUAACUAGGCAAUUCAGAAUUAUUUGUAAAUAUAAAUGCUUAAUAUAACAAUGCAAUAAACUUAAAAGCAAAAGUUGAA